CGCACUUUGCGCUUUAUAUUUUGAUGUUAUAAAAAGGCUAAGUGCUAAAAUAAUUACUUGAAAACGUAUUUUACUAAAUACUAUAGUAAUUAAAAAUUAACAUAUUUACUUAAUUGGAGAAUAAUGUGGUCGACAAACGGUUCUUAUUAUAUACACCUUGGUAUCUUGUAUAUAUUUUGUCAGAAUCACGUUGUUUACAUUUUGUUUUUAAGAUGGAUACAGACAGAGAAACAUUAGACCCAAACAAACUGGCAAACUUCGCCAUGAACUUGAAACCUGGCACAUUGUGCAAUUAUGCAACUAGCGUAGAUCAUAUACAACAAAUAAAACCUACUAAAGACAUCGUCGAAAACGAAAAAAUAUCGAUAAAACCAAACCAACAUUGGAUUUGUCCAAAAUGCAAAGUCGUUUUUGAAACAAGGGGAAAAUUUGAUUACCAUAAACGUACGCAUAAAGAGAGAGUUUUCAAGAGAUUUUCAUGUUCAAUUUGCGCAAAACUUUUUCCCACCAAGCAAUCAUUACAAGUUCACUCUGUUGUUCAUUCACAACCACAAGAUCGACCGUUCAGCUGCAAAACUUGCUCGAAAAGUUUUCAAACUAAACAAAAUUUACAAAACCACAUGAACAUUCAUUUAGAUAUUAAACCGUUUAAAUGCAAGAAAUGCAACAAGAGUUUUCGGGAGCAGUCAACCCUUACUAAACACUUGGCAACACACACUAAGGAAAAACACCAUUCAUGCAGUACGUGCAACAUGAAGUUUUCACAGGCAAGUUCACUACAGAGACAUGUCAAUAAGUUCCACCAAAACUUUGACAACUUCUCAGGUUUCUUGCCGGCCCUGGGAGCUGAGAUAGUGGCCAACCAACUAAUGCUGCUCGAAAACAAACUUGAUCCUUAACUUAUUAUCUUCUGUGAAAUAAAUAUACCUCGACACUUAUAAAAAAACCUGCCCUUUAUAUUA